UCAAUUUGAAUUCCCGCGAAUGCCCAGUCUUCAAGAAUACCAAACCUUGCCUCCCUUUCCUUCUCUCUGAAUUUCUCAUAUCUGUUGUCAAUUCUCUGAAACAAUUCCUUUCCUUCACACCCAUCCUCAAGAAUGACUUCCAAAGCAAAGCAUCCUUCUUCUUCUAUAUCAUCACAUCCAUGUUCCUUCUUCUUCAUCAUUCAUUCAUUUCCCAAUUCAACAACCUGCAAAUUUUCUCCUCCUUUCUUGUCUCUAUUCUAUCUUCUCCUUCUGUUUAAACCACAACAUGGCAUCCCAAGAACCCGCUUUGGCACCUCAAAAGUCCAUAACACCCUCUGAAGAACCAGAAACAACCCCUCAAGAACCUGUACCCACCACUCCUCUGAUUCUACCAUUCAAGUACUCAAAUCGGGUGGUCCUGAAAACCAUUUUAGAACGAAGCGAUGGAGGGGUUGGAUUGGUGGGUGAGAAAGUGGUGAUUGGUGGGUGGGUGAGGGCUUCCAAGGAGGUGAGGAAAGACCCUCCUCCACAGUUGCAGCCAGAGGAUAAUGAUGAGGCUACUGCGUCUCUAGGCCAUAAAGAUGCCAGCUGCUUGGAGAUUCUCCAAACUCGAGUACCCAUACUCAGGUCCAUAUCGAAGAUUUUCGGGUGUGGUGGUAAUUACCCAGUUCGUGCAAAAUUGCGGCCUGCUUCCUCUAAAUCACCUGUAGCCUCUAUACCAUCUCCUCCUCCAAUUGUUAACUUGCUUGUUAGCGAUGGUUCUUGUGUUGCAAGUCUCCAGGUUACGAUGCAGUUCUCUGAUGAUUUCCCUGUGGGCUCAAGGCCUAUUGGAACUUGUAUUUUAGCUGAGGGAGUCAUACAUCAGUUAUCAGAGCAGGGAAAACAGGGUAUUGAGUUCAAAGUAGAGAAAAUCCUUCAUAUAGGUGCAGUGGAAGAUGAUAAGUAUCUAUUAUCAAGAAAAAGAUUGCCAUUAGAGACCUUGAGAGAUUAUUCUCAUUUUCGGCCUCGGACAAAUACGGUGGCAUCUCUUACGCGAAUCCGUAGUGCCUUGGCUUUUGCGACUCGCACAUUCUUCCAAGAUAAUGGGUUUCUCAGUGUGGAAGUGCCCAUUAUGACAAUCACAGAUGGUGAAGGAUUUAGUACAAAGUUCAGGGUUACUACUGUUCCUGUCAAAGAAGUUGAAAAGGAACAGCCAGAAAUUACUGAUAGUACUGAUGGUACUAAUCUUGAAAUUGUUAAGGCUGCCAUAAAAGAGAAGAGUAAUCUAAUUCAACAACUCCAGAGAAGUGACAGCGACAGGGAAGCACUGGUCGCAGCACAGCAGGAUUUGCUCAAAACAAGUCAACUGUUAUCACAAUUAGAAGAAAAAGAAAAACUUAGAUUGGAAGCUUUAAGGAAGGCUAGUAAAGCUCAGGUUCCCGAAGAUUUCUUCUCUCAACCUACUUACCUAACAGUUUCUGGUGUCCUUCAUAUGGAGAGCUAUGCAUGUGCUCUUGGAAAUGUCUACUCAUUUGGACCUAGGUUUCGAGCAGACAGAAGGGGAACUGCAAAACAAGUGGUAGAGACGUGGAUGGUUGAGGCUGAAAUGGCUUUUUCAGAACUAGAGGAUGCCAUGAACUGUGCAGAAGACUAUUUCAUGUUCCUCUGCAAAUGGGUUUUGGAUAAUUGUUCAUCAGAAAUGAAAUUUGUUUCAAAACGCAUUGACAAAACCAGAACCAAUCUUCUUGAAUCAAUGAUAUCAUUUUCAUAUGAAAGGAUCACCUAUACGGAAGCAGUGAAUGCUUUGAAAAAUGUUGCUGAUAGAAAAUUUGAAACUCAACCUGAAUGGGGCAUUGAAUUAACAUCUCAACAUCUAAGGUAUUUGGUUGAUGAAAUCUAUAAGAGGCCUGUAAUUUUAUACAACUUCCCAAAAGAAUUGAAGCCAUUUUAUGUACGAUUGAAUGACGAUGGAAAAACAGUUGCAGCAUUUGAUAUGGUUAUACCCAGGGGUGGAACAUUCAUCACAGGUAACCAAAAGGAGGAACGCUUCAAUUUGCUAAAUGAAAGGAUAAAUGAACUAAACUUGCCCAGAGAGCAGUAUGAAUGGUACUUAGAUCUUCGCCGGUACGGAACGGUCAAGCACUCUGGUUUUACUCUUGGGUAUGACCUUAUGGUUCUCUUCGCUACUGGCAUCCCUGAUGUCAGAGAUGCAAUUCCCUUCCCCAGAAGCAGUAGCAAGGUUAAUAACUAAACAGGCUACCAGAAAGAAUCAUACCUCCAACAAUGGAAUGACCUUGCAUGAAAGCCAAUAAAUUAGCAAAAUGUUGUCUAUGUAAAUAUGUAAUUGUAAAUGCUGGUAGAUAAAAGUACAAGAAAGGUGUAUGCUAGAUCAAGAGCAUUAUUUUGAAUUCUGGUUGACCUAAUGUACACAAGGAAAAUUAUCGGUUCAGAUAAGAUUAUUCCAAAUUUAUGCAUUUAUGUUCUCA